AUGGCUAAAGAAAAUCACUCCUUGACAAGUGAGUUUAUCCUCUUGGGAUUUGCAGAUCACCCAGAGCUGGAGAUCCUUCUGUUUUGGGUGUUCUUUGCUGUCUAUCUGACCACCAUGGUGGGGAAUCUUGGCCUGGUGGCAUUGAUCUGUAUGGAGCGUCAUCUUCACACGCCAAUGUACAUCUUUCUGGGUAACUUGGCUGUUAUGGAUUCCUGUUGUUCCUGUGCCAUUACUCCCAAAAUGUUAGAGAACUUAUUUUCUGAGGACAGAAUGAUUUCACUCAAUGAAUGUAUGACACAAUUUUAUUUUCUCUGCGUUGCUGAGACUGCAGACUGCUUUCUCCUGGCAGCAAUGGCUUAUGACCGCUAUGUGGCCAUAUGCAGCCCACUGCAGUACCACACCAUGAUGUCAAAGAAACUCUGCAUUCAGAUGAUUAUAGGGACCUUCAUAGCUAGUAACCUGCAUUCCAUGAUCCAUGUAGGGCUUCUAUUAAGGUUAACUUUCUGCAGGUCUAAUAGAAUUGACCACUUUUUUUGUGAUAUUCUUCCACUCUAUAGACUCUCCUGUACUGAUCCUUAUAUCAAUGAACUAAUGAUAUAUAUUUUUUCAAUGCCAAUUCAAAUCUUCACCAUUGCUACUGUAUUGAUCUCUUACAUUUGCAUCCUUUUUACUGUUUUCAAAAUGAAAUCCAAAGAGGGGAGAGGUAAAGCAUUUUCUACCUGUGCCUCCCACUUUCUAUCUGUCUCAAUAUUCUAUAUAUGUCUUCUCAUGUAUAUUCGACCAUUUGAAGAAGGAGAUAAAGAUAUACCAGUGGCAAUUUUUUAUACAAUAUUAAUUCCUUUAUUGAACCCUUUUAUUUAUAGCCUGAGAAAUAAGGAGGUGAAAAAUGCUCUAAAAAAAGUUAUGAGGAAUUACAAUAUUCUUAAACAAACUUCAUCCUCUAUGGUAAACUGA